AUGGAGGUUGAUGGCUUCAUGGAGUACGUCGAUGAAGCUUCCUUUUUCAAGAAUGAGUAUGAUACCAAGUUAGGGAAUCUCAUGGAUCACUAUGAGAUCAAAACUGAAGCUGAGAUUCUCAGUGGAAGUAUAAUGAAGGCAUCCAAAUCUUUCAAUAGGUACAAAGAUGGUGAAGCUUUAAUGUUAGCUGUGAGGUCGUUGAGGAAGGAAACAAGAGGAUGGUUUAAUGAGAAGAGGCAUGAUGAUGAGGAUGAAGACGAUGCUUUUGCAAAGGCAUCUGCCUGGUAUCACGUUACCUACCAUCCUGAUUACUGGGGUAUCUACAAUGAGGAAUUAAACCGACCUCAUUUCUUAAGCUUCGCUUGGUGUGUCUAUGACAAACUGAUUGUGAUCAAGCAGAAGAACAUGAGAAUGAGGAGAGCUGCUGAAUCACUGCAGCGCAGAAUGCAGAGCAGCCUGCAUAUACGGUGA